UUUUUUUUAUUCUCUCUCUCUCUGUCUGGAAAAACUAGAAUUUUCCCUUUAGUUCUGCCAGAAAAAGAACUCUAUCUAUAGGAUUUGUUGUACAAGUGGGAGGCAAAAAGAAAAAGCAAAAGGGUACUGAAUAGUUCUCUGAUCUGGGUGUAUCUUAAAAAGUGAUUCUUUUCUUGUUUCUGUUGGUUUCGGUUGAGAGACUCAAUUUUUUUUGUCCCUAACUAGAAGAGUGAAGUUGUGUUCUCUUUCAGCUUUGAGAGUUUUUGGUUUUUCGUUUCUCAAGAAAAUUCACCCAACAGAGUUGGUAAAAUUAGAUGUGACAUAGAUUCCUGAACCAAGUUUUGAUGGUUUGCUUACAUCUUUGGGGUGAACAUUUGAGUCUAGUGAUCAUUUUUGACUGAGAAAAUGAGGAAAAGACCAGACUUUUACUUCAUUUUCUUAGCCAUUUUCUUGGUUGGAACAACCUCCUCCACUAGUGUCACAGCAAAUAUAGCAGAAGAUAAACAAGCUUUGCUUGAUUUCCUUGGCAAUAUUUCUCAUUCUCAUACUCUUAAUUGGUUUAAAAACUCUUCUGUAUGCAACCGCUGGACUGGAGUCAUUUGCAGCAGUGAUCAGACCAGAGUUACAGAACUCCAUCUGCCUGGAGUUGGGUUCCGUGGCUCCUUCCCAUCUAACACUCUCAGUCGCCUAUCCGGGCUUCAAGUUCUGAGUCUCAGACUCAAUAAGAUAUCAGGUUCUUUUCCCUCUGAUUUAUCCAAACUUGGAAACUUAACAUCCCUUUACCUUCAAUCCAACAAUUUCUAUGGCCCUUUGCCUUUGGAUUUUUCACUCUGGAAGAAUCUUUCAGUCCUUAAUCUCUCAAUCAAUGGUUUCAAUGGGAGUAUCCCUUCUUCAAUUACCAACUUGACUCACCUCACAGCUUUGAAUCUUUCCAACAACUCGUUUUCUGGUCAGAUUUCGGACAUUAAUAUUCCUAGUUUAGAAGAGCUGGAUUUAUCCAAUAACAAUCUCACAGGUAUUGUGCCUAGGUCUCUUAGAAGAUUUCCAAGUUGGGCAUUUUUGGGUAAUAAUAUUUCACCAGAAAAUGCCACUCCCCCCUCUCUUCCAGCUGAGCCACCAAAUGCCCAUCCACCAAUGAAAACCAGGAAACUCAGUCAGCCUGCAGUUCUGGCUAUUGCCAUUGGGAGUUGUGUUCUUGUGUUUGCAUUGGUGGCUAUGAUGCUGCUUCUUUGCCGCUCAAACGGUGGACAGCAAAAAGGUUCAGUGGUUGCUAAACCAAAUAAGAAAGAAACCUCAUCAAAGAAGGGUGUCUCUGAGAGCCAAGACAAGACAAACAGGCUCUUUUUCUUUGAGGGUUAUCGUUUUGCGUUUGAUCUAGAGGACUUGUUGAGAGCAUCUGCUGAGGUUCUUGGUAAAGGAACGUUUGGGACAACUUAUAAGGCGGCUUUGGAAGACACAACCACUUUGGUGGUGAAAAGGUUGAAGGAAGUGACUGUGGCGAAACGAGAAUUCGAACAGCAGAUGGAGAUUGUAGGAAAGAUCAGGCAUGAAAAUGUAGCUCCUUUAAGAGCAUAUUACUACUCAAAGGAUGAGAAACUUAUUGUGUUUGACUACUAUGAACAGGGGAGUGCCUCUGCUAUGAUGCAUAGCAGGAGAGGAGAGGGUCAAGGAAGAACUCCAGUAGACUGGGAAACUAGACUAAGAAUUGCUGUCGGUGCAGCAAGAGGAAUAGCUCAUAUCCACACACAAAAUGGUGGCAAACUUGUCCAUGGUAACUUAAGAGCCUCAAAUAUCUUCCUCAACUCUCAAGGAUAUGGUUGUGUCUGUGAUACUGGUUUGGCAACACUAAUGAACCCAAUGCCGCCACCGACGGCGCGGUCAUUUGGGUACCGAGCACCAGAAGUAACUGACACCCGGAAAUCAACUCCAGCAUCAGAUGUCUACGGUCUUGGAGUGUUGAUACUUGAGCUUCUCACAGGAAAGUCUCCAGUACAUGCUACAGGUACUGAGGAGGUAGUUCACUUGGUGAGAUGGGUGAAUUCUGUGGUGAGAGAGGAGUGGACAGCAGAAGUGUUCGAUGUGGAGCUGUUAAGGUAUCCAAACAUAGAGGAGGAAAUGGUGGAGAUGCUGCAACUGGGAAUGAGCUGUGUGACGAGAAUGCCAGAGAGGAGACCAAAAAUAACUGAUGUUGUGAGAAAUUUAGAAGAAAUUCGUCAACUCAACAGCGGAAAUCGGCCAUCGUCUGAAGUGAAAUCAGAAGUUAGUUCUACUCCAAUGCCAACUCCAGAUGCUAUAGUGAAUCAAUGAUAGGAUCAUCUCAGUGAUUCAUUCAUUCUAAAGUUUAUAUAUUAUCUUUUUCUUUUUUUUACCUAUUAAAAUUCAUUCCUUAUUGCUCAAAUGGUUUUGAUUGUUCUAGUGCUGAGAUUUUUAAUUGUAUGUUAUAGCAGUUACUUUAGAUUCUAAUUAGCUUCUGAAUCUAUUGUGUUACAAAUCCAGGCCUUGAAUUGAAUGUUAUGUAUGUCGAAUUUGAAGGUCUCAGCUCGACUACUUGACACCAUUUUAUUUUCUUGAAUCUAAUACACAGUUACAGAUAACGUUUGAUU